CAUGCAUGCAAAAAAUAUUAUCCCUAUUUUUCUCUUGUCCAUUCUUCUCUUUUUCUUUCUUUCUUUCUCUCUAGAAUCCUUUUCUUUUCCUUCCAUUAACAAAGGAUUCAAGAGAAAUUGAAAGAGGGAAGAUGGGGCAACAAACAUUGAUCUAUAGUUUUGUUGCCCGAGGAACGGUAAUUUUGGCUGAAUACACUGAAUUCACGGGUAAUUUUAGCAGUAUUGCCUCUCAAUGCCUUGAGAAAUUACCCGCGUCCAAUAAUAGGUUCACCUACAAUUGUGAUGGACACACUUUCAAUUUCCUCACGGAGAAUGGAUUCACCUAUUGUGUGGUUGCUACUGAAUCAGCAGGUAGACAACUUCCCAUUGCAUUUUUGGAACGUAUAAAGGAUGAUUUUGGCAAGAGAUAUGGUGGUGGAAAAGCUACUACUGCUACUCCUAAAAGUCUAACCAAAGAAUUUGGGCCAAAAAUAAAAGAGCACAUGAAGUAUUGUGUUGAUAAUCCUGAAGAAAUUGACAAACUUGCUAAGGUGAAAGCUCAAGUUUCAGAAGUUAAGGGAGUGAUGAUGCAAAACAUUGAAAAGGUUCUUGAUCGUGGUGAUAAGAUUGAACUUCUAGUUGAUAAGACAGAGAAUCUUCGAUCACAGGCUCAAGAUUUUAGGCAACAAGGGACCAAGAUAAGGAGGAAGUUGUGGUAUGAAAAUAUGAAGAUUAAACUAAUUGUGUUAGGGAUUAUCAUAGCUUUGAUUCUCAUUAUCAUUUUAUCAGUUUGCCCUGGCUUCAAAUGUGCUGAUUAAUUAAUUAAUUAAUUAAUUAAUUAAUUUGCGUCAGACUCAAAAUUAAUUAUUUUUACUUCAAAUCUACUACUAAUUAUUCACACAAGAGGAGCUGGAAUUGGGUUAUAUUAUGAUGUAGAUUGUAUAUUAAUCAGGAUUAGUUUGUCCUAAUUAUUUUUCUCCUUUUUGUGGGAGUUGUUUGAAAUGUAUACUAUGUAAAAUCUUCCUUUAAUGUGUUUCUCUAAAUGAAAUUUCACAAUUCCUAUGGAAUUACAUUUUAAUUUUCAUGUUUGGGAAUUAUUUAUAUGAUUUUUUCCAAACGAGAUACAUAAAAAUAAAUACAAGAGAUAUGUAAUAAGA